AUGGUUUCUCCAAAACUAGCCAUCAUCUCUGUACUGACAUUAGUCCCUUUCCUUUUCAUCAAUAAUAAAUCUGACGCUGCUUCAUAUUACCCUUCUGGUUUACAUGGUGACAGUGCUCAAGUUGCACCCUUUGCUUCUCAGAAAGUUAAUCUUUCAGUGUACUAUGCAAGCCUAAGCCAACCUUCUGCAACUUUCAUUGUGAAGAAUCUUGAGCAGAUUUUCCACAGCAAUCUCAUCGACAUUAUCAACCUCCAGCUAGUACCUUGGGCCAAUGCUUAUGUUAAUAAGACCAACCAAUCCUUAAUAUGUCAGAAUGGACCAGAUGAAUGUGAGCUAAAUUCACUGGAAACUUGUGCCCUCAAUGUUUGGAAUGAUGUGAGCAAGCAUUAUGCUCUGAUCUACUGCUUUGAGUUUCUGGCAAUUGAGGGAAGGCACAAGAAUUGGAAAGACUGUUUCAGCCAAUUGGACUUGCCUGAGGAACCUGUUCUGAACUGCUAUACCAGAGCAAAUGGCACAGAGAUUGGACAAAAAUAUAUUAAUGAAACUGCACCCCUCAAAUUUCUGCCUUUAGUGAUGGUAAACAAUGAAUCAAUCGGAAAGGAAUAUGAAAAUUUUACACGAUAUGUUUGCGAGGCUUACAGAGGCACACCUGUUCCAGCUGCAUGCAAUGCAACCUUCAUUUGGAAAUAAGUUUUAUAAGCACUAGAAGAAGAACAUUUUGCUGAGAGCUCUUCAGAAA